AUGCUUGCUCGCGUUGUGCUUCCACACCAUCACAGCCGACCGACCGCCUUCAGGGCAGCAAUCGUCGCGCAGCUUCGCAAAUUCUCUUCCAGCUCCUUGGCCAGUUCCACCGACGCUGCAGAUACUCGAUGGAAGGUGGCAAAAGUACCUCAUCGCGGGAUCGUGGAAGUUAGUGGUCGAGAUACAGUCAAACUACUGCAAGGCCUUGUCAGCAACGACGUCAAGGCCCUCGAGUCGAGCAAGUCGACCCCGACCUCUCCUCCAUUGGUCUAUGCAGGCUUCAUGAACCCGCAAGGACGCAUGCUCGCAGACGUCUUUGUUCACCGUCAACAGCCACUCGACGAUGGCUCACCACGCUGGCUGCUCGAUCUCGACUCUCGCACACUUCCUUCGCUGCUCAGCUUCAUCAAGAAGUUCAAGUUGCGAUCCAAGGUCAAACUCGUUGAUGUGUCAAGCGAAUACAGUGUCAUCCAAGCGUGGUCCUCCUCUGGCUCUCCAUCCCCAACAGAGCUCACAGAUAAGCUGAGCGCUGAUCCAAGAUGUCCAACCAUCGGCCUCCGAGGGGUUCUCCCCGCAGCUGAUGGCUUGCACCUCGGCCAGUCCGUCAGCGCAGUUGAGAGCGAAGAGUACACUCUGCACCGAAUUAUCAACGGCGUCGCAGAAGGAGCGCUCGACUUCCCGGAAGCAUCCAGCAUGCCACUCGAAAACAACCUCGACUACAUGAACGGUGUCGACUUCCGCAAAGGCUGCUACGUCGGUCAAGAGCUCACUGCAAGAACGCAUCACACGGGCGUCGUGCGAAAACGCAUCGUCCCCAUCACGUUUUACCUCUCCGACACACCCGCACCCACCAGCAUCACUGACGUCGACCGCUCCUUCGCCCACCCUCUUCCCGCGCAUCUCGCCGAAGUGCGCUCCAAACCCAUCAACCCGCCCGAAGCGACGGGUGGGAAACCAGCACGCGGCAAAGCUGCGGGAAAGUUUACGCAGGGCAUUCACAAUGUCGGCCUCGCAUGCUUGCGGCUGGAACAAGUCAAUAGGUGGACAGACGCCUCAAAAGCAGGUGCGGAAAGCAAUGGGUUGGAAUUGUCAAUCACUUCGGGAGAUGGUGAGACCACGCUGCUCGUCAGACCGUGGAUUCCAGGCUGGUGGCCAAAAGAAGAGCCUUUGCCAUCAAAUGAGUGA